CGCGAGGGACGCAAUUCUUUCUGGGCGGGUGACUGCGCGCGCCGCCCACUCUACCCGAGAUCGGACGCGUCCAAGGACUGCUGUGUGAAUCAUCGAUAGAAAAUUGCAUUCUAGCUACCAUAGUCACUCCACCGACCUCUUCUUCUUCUUCCUGCCAUCACUCUUCCUUCUGUCGACUGCUGGCCCGUACUACUUACUCCACUAACUAGCAAGCAAUCCUCCCCGCCGCCAUGGUCAACCGUUCCGACGUGCACUACUUCGGUGCGGGGCCCGCUCCCCUCCCCACCGCCGUCCUCGAGCGGGCAGCUCAAGUGCUUCUGAACUACAAGGACAAAGGCAUUGGCCUGUGCGAAAUCUCCCAUCGCUCCCCCGACGCGAACGAGAUUCUCGCCGACGCAAAGCACGCCCUGUCCACCCUGCUUGACAUCCCUGACGACUACGAAGUGCUGUUCCUGCAGAGCGGCGGCAGUGGCGAGUUCAGCGCGACCGUCUACAACCUCGUCGCAAUAUGGGUCGAGAAGAAGCGUGCAGCGAUUGCCGGAGAGGUCGGUGACAACCAGGAGGAGGUGCUGAAGCGGAUGCACAAGGCCGUGGACGAGGAAUUGAAGCUCGACUACCUGGUCUCCGGCUCGUGGUCGCUCAAGGCUUCGCAAGAGGCGACGCGCCUCGUGGGCGCCAAACACGUCAACGUGGCCCUGGAUGCGCGCAAGUCGAACGGCGGCAAGUUUGGCGUCAUCCCGCCCGAAGACCAGUGGAGCCUCACUCCUCGGGCGUCGGGUGGUGGCCCCGCCCUGGUGUACUACUGCGACAACGAGACCGUCGACGGCGUAGAGUUCCCUGCCUUCCCGCACGCUCUCGAGGGCGACGAUGCCCCCCUUGUGUGCUGCGACAUGUCGUCCAAUUUCAUUUCUCGCAAGGUCGACGUGCGAAAAUACGCCGUCAUCUUCGGUGGCGCCCAGAAGAACAUCGGCAACACGGGCAUCGCGAUCGUGAUACUGCGGAAGUCGCUUCUUCCGCCGCACUCGACGCCAGCAUCGCCAGAUCUACUGAGAGCGCUGAACUUGCCCGUGGGACCCAUCGUCUUGGAUUAUCCCACCAUUGCAAAGAACAACUCAUUGUACAACACUUUGCCUAUCUUCGAUGUGUGGGUCGCUGGUCAGGUCAUGUCCGGGCUCGUCAACGCGUACGGCGCUAAGCGGAUCGGGGGUCAAGAAGAGGUGUCGAAUGACAAGGCUCGUCUGAUCUACGACACGCUUGACAAAUACUCGCAUGUGUACCGGGUGGUGCCGGACAAGGCAGUUCGCAGCAGGAUGAACAUCUGCUUCAGGGUCCACGGCGGCGACGCUGACAAAGAGAAGGCCUUCCUUGCUGGUGCGGAAAAGAAGGGCUUGCUAGGCCUGAAAGGGCAUCGAAGCGUGGGCGGCAUUAGGGCAAGCAAUUACAAUGCCGUAUCAAUGGAUGGGGCAAAGGCCCUAGUAGCGUACCUCGAAGACUAUGCCAAAUCUUCAUGAGAGGCCUUUCCGCAUGACAGCAUGACGGCGGCUUGCAGCUCAACACUAUGAACGGGGCGUUUCGGUAUCCAAAAGCAUCAACUCGUCGUUCC